AUGCGUCGAAAAUACCGACUAGUUGUUCUAGGUAGUGGGGGAGUAGGUAAAAGCGCCUUAACAGUGAAGUUUGUUUCCGGAAAGUUUGUGGAAAAAUACGAUCCCACAAUUGAAGAUUUCUAUCGUAAAGACAUUCUGGUUGAUGGUGUUCAUCAUACUCUAGAAAUUUUGGAUACUGCUGGAACAGAACAGUUUUCUUCCCUGAGGGAUUUGUAUAUACGAAAUGGCCAAUGCUUUUUGGUUGUCUAUAAUCUUGCCAGCCGUCAGACAUUCAGCGAUAUACGUAACAUGAGAGACAAUAUAUUGAGAGUAAAGGGUCUACAGCCAGGCUCUGUACAGUCUGUACCUAUAGUUCUCGUUGGAAAUAAAGCUGAUUUGGCACUAAAUGGUCAUCGGGAAAUAGAUCCACAAGAGUCUGAAACACUUGCCGCCCAAUGGUGUUGUCCACAUUUAGAGACGUCUGCAAGAGAUGACGUUGGAGUAAAUGAAGCAUUUUUAGAGGCAGUACGUCAGCUUUUAAUGCUUGAACCGAAACGUCGAACCUUGUGUGUAGUUUUAUAG